AUCUUGUAGUCUUGGGUUGGCUCAAUAGUCGACUAGUAGACUUGUAGAUAGAGGAGCUAGGCUUUUGAACCUGGGGUAAACUCUUUCAUCUGAUCAUAUACUCUCGAUUAAGUAAGCAUUUACUUCGUUUGUCAAUAGCCAACAACUGUGAUAGUUUGAGGACUUGAAUUACUUUUCAGACUUCAUUCUUUUCUUCCAAUACAACUAGAUCCAUCAGAUGAAUAGAGGCUAAUUCUUCCUUCCUUCUUCUUACUUGAAAUAUCCAAUUUCUUCGAUUUAUUCACUUAGUUGCACGUAACCUUACGUUUAUUCUUCUUUGUUUACUAUGAGUUCCCAUGGUAGAGGCAAUAGAGGGGUAGCUUCCCAAACUGCAGUUGACGGGCCAUCAACACUUGUAAGUCUUAUUAGAUCAACAUAAGAGAUCCUAAGUUCAUUUCAAGCUAACUUUUGACUUUGAAGCAGUUAAGAAUUAAAUCUGAACCUCUGUCAGAACUUUCAUUAUCCGCCAUAUCCAUAUCUCAAGAAAGUGGCCCCACAAUUGUAAGUAUAAGAUCUGCCUGACAAGUCUUAAACCUUCAACUAACUCUUGAGUUUGAAGGAAUUACCGAUUAAGUCUGAACCUCAGUCAGGUCCUCAAUUAUCCUCUAUUCCUCAAACUCCUGAAGAUGUAACGGGAAUUGAACCCAGCGGAGAUGGAGACCAGAAUGUUAUCUUAUCAACAACGCCACAGCUCAAUCUUCAAGAUGCCAUCUCCAGGCUUGUUGAGAACUCCAAAUUCAAACCUUCGGAUAUCAACACUGAUCCUAGUGUUGCCCUUGGAAAACUCUUGGAUUUGAAAACCCCUAUUAAACUCGCAGCUAUACAUUCCAAAAACGGUAAAAGUCGCGAUCCAGAACAAUGGGAGAAACUGAACCUCUUUCUUUACAUCCUCUCAUCUCUUGACACAGUUACACCCGAGUUCAGGUAUGAGGUCAUCCCUUUCAUAAUUUCUACAGCUACAUUAACUCAUUACCACACAGUAACACUCUUAAUCUGAGAUCUGUCCUUGAAAUCCUCAUUAAUCCGAUAUUCAAUUUCCCUCAAGAAUACUCCGAUAUCUCACAAGCAUUGAUCGUCAAAAUUGAGGGUCAAAAUGGCUUUCAGGCACCACCAUCACCACCCGUAUCAAAAACAAAUAUUGAGUCUGCUACUUCGAAUAGCAGGAAAAGAAGAUCUCCAUCCAGCGAAACACCUACAUCUGCCAAAAAAUCGAGGAACAAUUCAUUGUCUAGCUCUCCAAACGUAGUCCCACCUCCUUCCGACCAUCCUAUUUGGGGGGCCAAUGGUAUCAUGCGUGGGCUUGUACGGGAUGGCACUAGUAUUAAACUUAUCGAAGAGAAAAUUCAUACCUUUAAGAAAAAGUUCAACCGUUUUGGUCACAAUGAUCUUACUGUAGGGGAUUGCUGGCCAAAACAAAUUGUAGCACUUCGGGAUGGCGCACAUGGUAAAUCCCUCCGACAUCCAUACUACCAUAAAUUUCGACUAACUUUACAUUAGGCUGUCCACAAGGCGGGAUUUCCGGAACCGCGGAAACUGGAGCUUACAGUAUCAUAAUCUCGAAACACUAUGAAGGGUUCGAUCAAGAUUUAGGAGAUACAAUCUAUUAUUCCGCACCAGGAGCCAAAGAUUCCAUAGCCAAGGAACCCGAUUCAGAAAAGACGGGAGUAAAAGCCUUGAAACGUUCAAUCGAAACCAGAAAUCCAGUUCGCGUUUUGAGAGCAGCUGGUUGUGCUUGGAAUUAUGGUCCAGCAGCUGGUAUAAGAUAUGAUGGACUCUAUCGGGUUAUCAAGGGCGAUGUUGGAACAAAUGGAAAGGGAGGAAAAUUUUGGCGUUUUACGUUGAGAAGAUUGGAAAAUCAAGAUCCUAUUAAGGUCCAUUUGCCUGAUCGGGAGACGAUAGGUUUGUUUGAAAGGGUCAAGGAGGGAUAUUAAAGCUUGCUGGUCCAUCGGGGAUUGACUAGAAGUUCGCUUGAAUCGAGAAAUAUAAAUUAUUGUUUUUAUCAGCAUUUUAUAUCAGGGAAUUAAUAUUAAGAGUCUGCGGU